AUGCUUUUAUUUGAAUCCAAGAAAUACAAAAUACAAUCAUACAAGAUUAGCAAAGGUAUAAAAAGUUAUAAUUGUCUAAGCUUUAGUAAAAAUGAUGAUAUUUUAUUAAGCAAAAAUGUGGGUAGGGAUGAUAAAUUAAUAAAAAGAGACAAUAUUUUUAAUAAAAAAGGAAGAUAUUCUUUUAGUCCAAUUAAAAAAAGUAGUAUUAAGGAUAUCCAAAAAAGAAUAAGAUACAGUAAUAAAAAUGUAAAAUUAAAAAACAAUAAAUUUUUUAGAAAAAAGGAAAUUCACAAAUCUUUAAUUGAUAACAUAAAUAAAGAGGUCUUAUCUGAAAAUAUAGCAUCAAUAGGUAGAAAUAAUAUAAAUGAAAAUGAAAAUAGCCAAAAUAUAUUGCCAUUACCUUUGACAAAUCCCGAAGAACAAGGAUAUAAUUGUUUGUUGUUAUGUAAGGGUUUACCUUUUCAUGUAAGUGAUGAUGAAAUAAUAAAAUUUUUUAGUCCAUACAAAAUAAUGAGUAAAUAUAUUAUAUAUAUUAAAGACAAAAAUGGUAAUUUUUUUGGAGAUAUAUUAGUAAGAUUUCAAGAUAAAGAGCAAAAAGAGUUAGCUUUAAAAAAUAAAAAUUUUAAGUUCUUAUUACAUAGAUAUAUACAAAUAUAUAAUGUAAAUGAAGAACAUUAUGAAGAAUACUAUAACAUUGGAUAUAAAAAUCCACCGUCUUAUAAAAAUUAUGUUCCUAUAAAGAAUGUAAUAGUACCGAACUAUUUAGAUAAAGAUAACAAUAUUGAAGAUGAGUCUGCAACUACUUUAUUUGACAAUGGUAUGUUAGAUACAAAUAAUAUAAAUGAUAAUAGUUAUGAAUAUAAUGAUGAAGAUACAAUAUGGAUUAAAGAACAUAUCAAUAAAAAGGGAAUAUUAUUAGAAAACUUAUAUACGGGUAAAAAACUUAUAGGGAAAAUAACAUCUAUCCAUCCAUAUGGUGUUUUUAUCGAUUGUGAUGUUUAUGUAAAAAUUUCAAAAAAUAAAUUUAUAAAAAUAUUAGCACUUUUGCAUAAAAAUAAAUUAACUAUAAAUAUAGGAUUACCAUCUGAUCCAUUAGAAGAACAAGAACAAAAAGAAUUAAUUUUACAAAAAAAUAUGAACAUAAUUGUAUAUGUUGAUAAAAUUAUAAAAAAAAAAUAUGAUAUUAAUGAUGCAAAAGAAAAUAAUCUAAUAUUUUUUAACCUCACUUUGGAUUCUUCUAUAACUGAAGAAAAAAUUAAAUGGUUUCAAAAAAAUAAAUUGAAAAAAGAUAUGCUAUUAAAGAAUAGUACACAAAAUGAAAUCAGAUCAUUCGAUCAAGUCACAAGAACUAAUUUUAAAGAAACAAGUCUUUUACACAAAGAUAAUAAACCUAUAAACAGAUCGAAUAGACUUUUUUUUAUAAAUAAAAUACAUGAUAAAUAUGAUUAUUUUAUCAAAAUAAAGAAUCGAAAUAAAAGGAAGACACCAAAAUAUGUCUUAUUUAAUAGCGAAAAUGAAGAAAUAUCACAAGAUGCCAAAAAUGGUAAACAAACAGAUGAUAAACGCAUUAAAAAAAGUGCGAAAAAAAUAAAAAUAAAGAAAAAGAAAUUAGCUAACAAUGAUCUAUUUGAUGAUGAGAAUGAUGAGUUUGAUGAUAUUUUCAAUUUUCAAGAUAAUGAAAUAGAUACAUCAGAAGAACAACAAAAUGAAAAUUCGAAAAAAGAAUUAUAUGAACAAGAUGAAAAUAAUAUUGUUGAGUCUGCAAAUGUUAAAAUUAAAGAAAAAGGAAUGAAUAAUUAUAAUGAAGAAAUGGAUGGAAUCUUAAAAAGUAUAUUUUCGAACAAUACAAAUGAUAAAGAUAUUAAAAUAAAAGGAAAAAAUAAUAAAGAAAAAAAAAACGAGCAUUCCCAGAAAAUAACCCAUGUCAAAAAUGAAGAUGAAAUAAGGGAAAAUAUGAAAAUGUCAAAUUUAGAAAAAAUAAAUGAACGAGCACAAUGGACUAAUGAUAUAAGGAAAGAGGAAUCUAUAUAUUAUUCAAAACUAUUUGGAUUAAAAACAGAUAUUAAUGAUUUUUAUUCCGAAAAUGAUUUAAAACAUGAUCAAAAUGAAAAUAAAACGAAGAAUCCUGAUGAUGUUGGAAGCUACUCCAGUGUUAUGAACGAUAAGAAUGAUGAUUAUGAGAUAGGUGAUGAAAAUGAGAAAAAUAAUGAAGAGCAUGUAAAAAACGAAACUAGUGAUAUAUCUAUCGAUAAAGACAUACACAUUAACACCAAGUUAAAUAAUAAAAAUGAAAAUUUUCUAAACAUACUCGAAAAUAACAAUGAUGAAGUAUUAGACUUUUCAAAUUUAUCAAAUAUGUCAAUAGAAGAAUUAAAAAAUAAUAUAUAUAAAAAAAAUUAUUUAUUACCAAUAGAUGUAUCAAAAGAGAGUUUAAAAAAUAGAUUAAUAGAAAUAAGCGUAUGUGAAAAGAAAAAAGUUAAAUUUGAUAAUUUUCCAUAUAUUAGAUAUUAUUUAUUUGAUUUCUAUCUAUCUACUGAAGAGAUUAAAUUAAUAAUUUUAUGUAAUAAAAAAUUCUUAAAUAAAAAAAAUAUUAAUAAAACAUUUUUAGAUACCUUAAAAAUUAACGAAUUAAAAUAUUUAUUACACCAAUCAAUGGAAAAUUUCCGAUUAUGGGACCCAAAAGAUUCUAUAAAAAAAAAAAUACUAAAUUUAAAUAAAGACUUGUUAUUAAAGCAAGAUUUGACAAAUGUAGAAAAUAUUCAACCUAAUAAUUUAAUUAUUUUAUGGAAUGAUUUUAAAGAUUACAUGCUAAAUUGUGUUUAUGUUCAUGAUGAUGGAAGUUACAACAUCCUUGAUGAAUUAGAGAAUGAGGAUUUUGAUGACUCAGAAGAAUCAUUCGAUGAAUAUCAUACUACUAAUAAUAAUGCAAAUAAAUAUGUAAAUGUAUAUGUUAGCCGAAUGAAACGAAUCGAAAAAGAAGGUUUUCUUUUAAAUAAUGAUAUACCAUUUUGUGGAACUUUAGAAAAAGAAAAAAACAUUGACGAAAAUAAAAAUAAAUACAAUAAUUUAGACCCAUUUAAAAAUGCAUUCAUGUCAUUGGAAAAACAAUUGCAAAGUGAAGAAGAUCAUGAUUUACCUGAUAAAAUCGAUUUAAAAGAAGCAAUGAAAAUUUUAAAUGAUAGAUCACAUCUAAAAAAAUUAAAACGAUUUUUUAAUAAUGAAAGUGAAAAAGAUGAUCAAAGUUAUAUACAAAAAAUUAUUCAGCAUAUCCUUAAAAAUAAACAAUACUUUGAUCAUUAUAUAGAUGAAGAUCUUCUGAAAAAAAUGCCUUAUGAUGAAUUAAUUAUAAUGCUGGAUAAAUUGCCUGCGAAUGUUCUCGAAGAUUUAUUGUAA